UGUCAAAGACUCGGUGCCCGAAUCAUGAGAUUUCUGACCUCCAGCGAAGUUUCACCAUUUCAGUAACGGUAAGCAUUCAAAUCAGUGCAGAGACUUCAACUCGGACUGGACUCGGCAGUGGGACUGGGGCGAAAAAAAGGUAUAAAAGAUGAAUGGAUCCCUGUCCUCUGUUUCCCCACAGAGCUGGUCUCUUCACAAAUCGCACACACUCAAUCAACGACAAAGCCGCCGGUCGCUUUAUUCCAACACUCUUCAUUUUUUCAAUCGAAAUCAACUAAACAGACUUUUCACCCAACUUAAUAAACCAUGGUUCACUCUCGUUCCGUUCUCAAAGCUGUCAUCGCAGUCGGAGCUGCGUCUUCUGCCCUUGCUGUUCCUUUGCCUUCUGCUUCUGCUACUCCCGGAGGUGCUCCGGCUGCCUCUGCUACCGGGCUCCCGCAGGCUACCGCUGUUGGCUCAGAUGCUGUGCCUCCAGUAACCGGCAUUCCUCCGACCCCCCAAACCGCUGCGGGGUCUUCUCUCCCUCCGGCUCCAGCUCUCGGAGGACCUAGUCCUCAGGCAAAGGCCCUCAAUGCGCGUGAAUUUAAUAUCAUCUUUGAAGAGGAUGAGAAACCUCACAAGGUUAGUCCAAUUUACGUUCCUAUAGCUUUUUCUCCUAUUUUUCUAAACAACACCUCAUCCGUCUCACAGCAUCACCACCACGGUGAGCAUUUCGGUGAAGAACAUCACUACCACCACCACCAUCAUCAUCAUCAUCAUCACGGUGAAGAGGAGGUCGAAAUUGAGGUGAAGGAGCACCGUGGUCACCGUCACCAUCACCACCACCACCACCCCCACGGUAAGGAGGAAUUCGAAGUGGAAGUGAAGGAAGGUGGUCGUCGUCACCACCACCACCAUGGCGAGGAGGGAUUCGAAGUGGAGAUCAAGGAAGGCGGUCGCCGUCACCACCACGGCUCUCGUCACCGACAUGGUGAAGAGGAGAUCGAAGUGGAGAUCAAAGAAGGCGGUCGUCGUCAUCCCCACCACGGCUCUCCUCACCGCCAUGGUGAACAGGAGAUCGAGGUGGAGAUUAAGGAGGGUGGCCAUCGCCACCACCACCACCACCACCACGGUGAGGAGGAAUUUGAAGUGGAGAUUGAGAAAGGCCGUCACCGCCACCACACCCACCAUCACCACCACGGUGAGGAGGAGUUCGAGGUGGAGAUUAAAGAGGCCGCUCACAAGCACAGGCACUCCCACCACAAACACCACAGCAAGGAGGACGAGUUUGAAUUGAAAGUUGAGCAGCGUCCUGGCCACCGUCAUGGUGAGGAAGAAAUUCAGAUUGAAAUUGAAGAGCUUCCCCAUCGCCACCACCACCACCACGGUGUAAGUUGUCUUAACCACAUCUUUGAGCCAUAAGCAAUUGGCUAAUCAUUCCUGUGUCACAAGCACCGCAAGGAGGAGAACAAGGUCGAGAUCGUUGCUGUUCCGGUCCACAUUCCUGGCCCCGAACAUAAGGAACACAAGGUUUGUUGUGCUCGUCAGGAUCACUACUAACAAUACUAACGCAAUCAAUUUCUC